GCACACACACGGACACUGGCCACACACCUAGAAGCAAGCUGCCCUACUUGACCACGGCUUGUGGCCGAGAACGCAAUACUCGCGCGCGCGUGGGCUUGACCUGAAAGCCUAUGCCAUAGCAUUGACAGACACACGGCCUCCAUCUAAUGCCAAGCAAGGGAGGCUAUGGCGGCGCAAGGGCCAACCUUGGACGCGCGCGGCGCCAUUCACGCAGACUUUUACAACUUUGAGGCUUCUGGAGAGCAGGUAUUCUCAGUGCAAGGCAGGGUGUAUGUGUUCUGCGGCGGGACUCGUUUGAAUGCGGCCGUCACGCCGCGCACACUUACUACCAUCCCACAAAAGCUGAAGCUGGAAGCUCGUUGCAUUGCGUUGCUCAAGGCAGAGGGCAAUGCGUGUCGGACUCGAUGUCGGGUGCCGCGAUGAUGGAGGCCGCCGGAGCUGCGCCUUCCAGCCCGAGUGCCGGCUCCUUCGACAGCGGCCUUUGUUUGGAGCUGCUGCGGGUCAUUGACUUCCAGGGGGUCCCGGACUAUGCGGAGAUCAGCGGCAGCGGCCAUGGCGGCCAGCAGCAGGAGGCCGAGAGCGCACCGACCAUCAGCAGCAGCUUCUGCAGUCGUGCGACUCGGCACCGUUGAUUCCAGCCUCAUCCAUUGAAUUGGAGGCUGGCAGGUACUACCUGCAGCUGCAGGCGGGGUUUGAUGCCAGCCCCGCCACAGCGGCCGCCGCCGAGGUCUCUCCGUCCAGCGCUAGCCAGCGCCAUGGAAGCCGCCGCAGCAGCUAGCAGCAGCGGCCACCUCACCAUUCACCGCGCCCCAGCUGGCAGCCUCAUAGGUGCCCGCCGUCAACAUGGCCGGUACGGAUGCCUUGUUGGUGUGCGCGCCGCUGCCUGCUGGAGCAGCUGGUGCGUCCAACGAUGGCGGCGGCUUGCACGGCCCCGCCGUCGGCGGCGGCGGCGGCACGGUGCUGCGCGAUCCAGCAGCCGCCGCCGCGGCCGCCACCGCCAGCGCCGCCGCCCCCGCCACCUGCGCAGCCCCCAGCCUGCUGCAGCCAGCCGCAUCAUCAGGGCUCCGCCGGUACUUGAACCCACUGGUGUGCCGCGCGGCAGGGCAGGACCCCGAAAGGCCGGCGGGCCCGGUUGCGGAGCUCUCAGACUAUGCGAAACUCGUCAACGCGUGCCUCUUCGCAAUGCACGAACGCCAGCUGAUGCCUUCUGGGCUGCUUGAUCUGGCGUGGUCAGCGGGCUUGGGGCUGCAGCAGGGCAAUGUUGCGGGCUUCGAAGAGCUGGCCAGUACGCUGCGCACUGAGAUGACGCGACGGUACCUCUGGAAGCUGGAGGUGGAGACCGUGGCGGCCACCGCCCAGCAGCCGCAGCCGAGCAGCGUGGUCGCCGCUGGUGCUGCCACCAACGCGGCGGGAACCACCUCCCUGCUGGCCGGCGGCGGGCCCGCUGCUGGCGGCAUGAAGCGGCCCGCAGCACCGCCGGCAAUCUCCAAGCGCGCUGUUGGGCUCAAGCGCGUCCGCUGCUGGCAGGACACAGCAUUAGAGCUGGGUGGCACCGGUAUGGAGGCUGCAGCUCCACCGCGGCGGCAGCGGCGGGGGGGGGAGAUGAGGAGGACGCAGGCAGAAGCAAUCCUGGGGGGCUUCGCCCCUCCCCCUUGAUCGCCCCCCCCCUUCGUGGAGUGCGAUAACUGCAGUGACAAUGCCAAACAUCAUAAAGAGGUUAAUACGCGCGCCUGGGCCCAGGCGUGCGGAACGAAGAGAACAGUGGGAGUGCGGAGUACGUACGGCAGUACGCGGUUACAGGUUACCGGUAAUCACGUCAAGGGCCAAACUUGGCUGCUGCUGGUUACGAGAUGGAGUGAUAUGGAUGAUUGGUCCGACGUGUUGUGUCAGGUUGUGUGCGGCUGGAUGGCUGUGCGAUAAUUGCUGAGAAGGGUACUGGAGCUUGCAUCCAAAGCUGAGAACAUAUGCGGUCGCACACGAGUGUUGGGCGUUUGCCGGAAACUAUUUCCGUGGUGUACGAGUGAGGGCUGUUUGUACCACAGAAACCUUGAGCCCAGUAAGGUGCUUCUGUGUUCUCUCUACGGUAUUGGGCUAAUUCAUAGAACGCAGGCGUGACCUGGCAGAGCGAAUGACCAGCGCGGGCGCAGCAAGCCAUUACGUGAUCACGGUACGGUCUAAAAGUCAGUCCACAGGACGGCACGCAUGCAAACAUUGACGUGCUUCAUGUGCAAACACCUAGCACGGAAGGACUGCCCGCGCCUGGGGGUGAAAGGUCAAUCAACGGGAAUACGGAGUAUGCGGAGAGCUGGAGACAGUUAUUAUACGCCAGUGAUUGGCACGGGAAGGGGUGUUGAUCAUAGCUGCGUUGUGUGGGGACGCGGCGAUGGUGACAGGCCUGCUGAGGGGCUGCAAGAGAACUGGGACGGCGUCGGCGGUGCCAGCAGCAGCGCUACGCUAAUAAGCCACGUGGAUGGUGGAGUAAAAGGAGAAGAUGCAGGGCUGCCUGCCGGUACUGUUGCGUUCCGGAACUCUGCUGGCGAGCCCCUCAGCAUAAUCUGGCUCUCGCUCGGGGGCGUCUAGGGACUAGACAGGAGUACGCCAGGGUACACAGCCUGCACUGUGUGUGUCUUAUUGCAAGGUCCUG